AUGGUACAUCCUCAACAACUCAAAAGUCCUGCUACACCUGCAGAAGAGCUGGCACACUUGCGAUCGCAGAAUGAGCAACUAUGGAGAAUCGUCGAGAAGCAGCGUGUCAUGAUUCACAAUUUGCAAAAAGACAACACACGAUUGGCGAUAGAGAGGGAUGGACUUGUUAAUAAGCUCAAUGCAUUCGAGAAGGAACCACGCAGCAAACCAGCGUCUGUAGUUGUAGUCGAUGACAUGGAAAGUGAUCAAUCCUUAUCACCCGAUGGUGUGUCAAGUCCAGUACCUCCACCUCGAUCACCCUUUCGAAGAGCUAUAUCCGAUGAGCCAUCUUCAAUACGAUCUCCACCUAUUUCUCCCCCUGGAUCCACCACCAAUGUUGCCAUGGAGUUUACAUCAUCAUCAUCAACAACUCGUUCACGUGUCAAUUUGCUUGAGCAGGAACGUCGGGAUCCACAACGAACAAUGGAAAUGACAGACCGACAACAGGGCUUUGAACAUGAUGGUGACAUGCUUGGUCUCGGCGACAUUACCGUCAAAGUUGUGGGCUCCAAUCUCAAAACGAAUAGCCGUGGCAAAGAAGUUAUUUCGUUCACAAUCGCUGUGGGUCGACAAAGAACAGCUGAUCUUGCUUUCCAUGAACUUUGGCGGGUUGAGAAGUUUUAUUCAGACUUUUUGGAUCUUGAUGCAAAACUCAAGGCACAAUCAAGUCCUGCCGUGGCCAGCAAGAUAAGUAAAUUGCCUGAAAAAGCUCUUUUCACUACCAAUGCUCCGAGCAAGGUUGAUCAACGUAAGAUGGCGCUAGAGCAUUAUUUGCAGCAAACGUUAAUACUUCCAUGGGAGGAUGUCACCGAUCUUUGCGAGUUCCUUAGCAGCAAUGUCGUAAAGCAACGCCCUUCUUAUAAUAAGAAGCGUCAUAGAUCGGGACACAAGGAAGGAUACCUCACAAAACGAGGCAAGAAUUUUGGUGGAUGGAAGACACGCUACUUUGUUAUGAAUGGUGACAUGAUUGACUAUUUUGAAUCGAAAGAAGGCAACCAUCUGGGCACCAUUCGGCUUACCAAUGCACAAAUUGGACGUCAGCAAUCCAGUGUAACCACCAACCCAGCAUCCCAAGCAGAUGGCAAUGACGACAGCUCAUAUCGACAUGCAUUUCUUCUUGUGGAACAAAAAAGACCUGGCUCAUCCAGUGUUUCACGUCAUAUUCUUUGUGCUGAAUCGGACCAAGAACGUGAUGAAUGGGUGGAUGCCAUUGUUAGAAACGUUCGCUACGAUGACGACUCAACAUCAUCAAAACAACGAUCCAAAAAGGACAAGGCACGCAAAUCUUCCAAAAGUGAUACAUCACCCGAGAACAACAAGGAGUCAUCAUCAUCCAUGGAUGUAGUAGGUGUUGCCCUGAGUAACCCACCAUCAUUGACGACAAUGGCCGAUGGUGGUGGUGUUGUGGACCCAACUUUACAACAACAACAACAACAACAACAUACAAUGACAGCAGCAGCCGACUAUGGACGUUGCAGCCUUGACCACCCUUCAUUACCAAUUCACCCACAUAGCAACAUCCAACCAACAACGCCACAACUCGCACACCGUAGUUCCAUGAUCAAUUUUGGCACGGGAUCAGACCCAUUGGGAACACCCCCAAGGGCACCUUCUCCCAGCUUGGGUAGCAACAACAACAAUGGGAGGAUAUCAGAAGAUUGGCAAGAAGAUUCAAGCGACAAGAAGAAAACAAAAACAAACCGGAUGACCUUUUGGGGUCGAAAAAAGACGACCACCACCACCAAUGAUAAUCCACCGAACCACCAUCAACAUCAUCAUCCCCUUCAAUCAUCAUCAUCAUCAUUACAAGCAGAGGCUAUCACCCCAUCAUCAACAACAACAACAGGUUCUCGUACCAGUAUUGCACCUACGGGAUUACGCGGCUUGUUGUCAAGAGCAUCAAGUGAAGCCGAUCGUCAAACGAUCCAACAGCAACAACGGAGCUAUAACAGCAAUACAACAAACGCCAAAGGAACGCCACAAGGUGAUGCAUCGGGUGGGCCCAAUCAAGUCUUUGGUGUUCCCCUAGAAGAGGCUGUGCGUGUGUCUCGUGCAGCUGAAGGAUAUGAGUUACCAUCGGUGGUGUAUCGAUGUAUCCAAUACCUCGAUGCAAAGAAUGCAGCUACAGAAGAAGGCUUGUAUCGAUUGAGUGGAAGCAGCAAAGUCAUGAAGACGCUUCAAUAUGAAUUCAACCAGCGAGGUGAUAUCGAUUUACUUGCAAGUGAAGAAGAAUACGACGUGCAUGCCAUUGCUGGAUUACUCAAGCUAUGGUUAAGAGAGCUGCCAUCCAAUGUAUUGACACGAGAACGCUAUCCCGAUUUCUUGCAUGUGAUUGAUUUAUUGGAUCGCAAGGAUCGAGUGAAUGAGCUAGGACGCCUUGUAUCCGAAUUACCACUUGCCAACUAUACAUUGUUGCGGGCGUUGAUUGCUCACUUGCUAUGUGUGGUGCAACAUUCUGAUAUCAACAAGAUGACCACACGAAAUGUCAGCAUUGUAUUCUCACCCACCCUUGGCAUCCCUGCCAUGAUUUUCAACCUCUUUUUGAGUGAAUUCAACUAUGUCUUUUGGACCGAUGAAAAUGGUGAAGCAGCACCACGUACCAUUGAUGGUGCUAUUACAACAACAACAACAUCAUCUUCAACGAUACCUGUUGUCACGGAGUUGUCACCAGCCCCCAAAAAAAUGAUGAGGAAGCCAACCUUGAAGCUACGUGAGGAAUCUGGGAGAACCAACCGCAACAGUGUCAGCUAUGUGGAUGGCGCACCAGCUGCUAUGGUGGAUCUGGAGCGUAAUAAAGAUGGUCCUCUUGUCCUGGAUGAUGAAGAUGAAGAGGGUGACGAGCUUACUCUGCAGACCCCAUCACAAGAUCAACCCAUAUCGCCGACAACGACAGCAGCAAGGAUAAACACCCAACACUACUAUCCUACUACUACUUGA